AUGCCUCAUAAACACAAGUCCAAAAAGGGCGAAUUCGAAGCAGAAUUCGAUCUCGCCCCUACAGAGAAAGCGCGAUCUCUUCCCGUAAAUAAACGAAAAGCGGCAUCAAGUUCUGGAGAGCGAGCUACAAAGAAGCGUACCAGAACCUCAAGAGACAAUGACACUCCGCGAGCCUUCAAGAGAAUAAUGGCAGUGGCAGGGGGAAAAAAGAUUAGAUCAGGCUUGGAUGAUGGUCAACUAGACAAAACGACUACGAAGGGUACAGAUGUCACCAGCGAGAAGCUUCAAAUUCGUCCCGGUGAAAACUUAGGGGCCUUUGCCAGCCGGGUUGACGCGGCUCUACCAGUAUCGGGGCUUGCCCAGAAAACCAGCACGAACGCAGAGGGGAAAGACGCAUUAGGAUUGAAAGUGUAUCGUACUCGCAAAGAGCGCAAAAUGCAUAAACUCUACGACCAAUGGAGGGCAGAGGAAUCGAAGAUACAAGAAAAGAGGGAGGAGGAGCUGGAGCGCAUAGCAGAACGCGACCUAGAAGAUGACGCCGCCGGCAUUCUUACCUCAGCUGCCUUUGAAAACGAGAACGGCCAUACGAAAAAGAGAAAAGGAGGCAAAAGGAAAAGAAUAGUAGAGGAAGACCCUUGGCUGGAAUUAAAAAAGCGAAGAGGAGAGAAGAAAGCAAAGGUUCAUGAGGUUGUAUUAGCACCACCAGAAUUUCAUAAUAAAAUUAAAUAA